AUUAAAGCUGAUGAUGAGGAUUUGUGGUUCUUAUCUCCAGUGGCUUCUGUUCCUUUUGAGUAUUCUUCAACAUUUAAAGGGGAGUAGAAGUUGCUUAGACAAUGAGAGAAAAGCUCUUCUAAGCUUCAAACAUAGCAUUAUUUCUGACCCAUUGAGCUCUCUUUCCUCAUGGGGAGAUGAUGAUGACUGCUGCAAAUGGAAAGGAGUUGGUUGUGAUAACAGAACAGGCCAUGUUGUUGCUCUUCAUUUGGGGCGUCAAGGCUUACAAGAGUUGGAGUAUGGUAAGAACCUCAAAUUCAUGAAACUCAUUGAUCUCUCAAGCAAUAAAUUGGUUGGAGAAAUCCCAAAUGAGCUAACUGAUUUGCAUAUGCUUAAUUCACUCAACCUGUCAAGAAACAAACUGACCGGAUCCAUCCCAAACAAGAUUGGUGAGAUGAGGUCGCUAGAGAGUGUCGACCUGUCAAACAAUCAACUUUCUGGAGCAAUACCACCGAGCCUUGCUAGUAUAUCAUUUCUUGCUCACUUGGACUUGUCGAACAACAAUUUGUCUGGUUGUAUUCCACUCGGCACUCAGUUGCAAGGAUUCACUGAGGCUUAUGAGGGAAAUUCAAAGCUACGAGGGCCUCCACUUCCAACAAAGUGUCAUAGAGAUGAACCUGGAAAUGCUCCACAACAAGGGGGAAUUGAUGAAGGAUGGAUUAUUUGGGACUUUGACUUUUUUGUGAGUUUGACACUUGGAUUCAUUGUUAGUUUUUGGGGAGUAUGUGGAACAUUAAUACUCAAGUCUUCUUGGCGACAUGCGUAUUUCCAAUUUUUAGAAGUCAAAAAAGAGAAGAUUUGCACUGCCAUUGUGGUCCUUGGAGCCAAAUUGAAGAGAGGCAUGAGAGCUAACUAGCUCGAUUGAAGUAAAAGGAAGUACGAAGGCAGCCAUUGGAGUACCUCCGGUCCAUCCAUGUCAUUCUAAAUAAAGUUGAAUCAUGUGUAUUUGUGUGUUUGUAUUCAUAUUUCAAGUCAUGUAAUUCUAUUUUGUUCUGUAUUGUGUCAUUGUGUGUAUUGAGGUUCUACUAUAUAUACAUCAUCAUACCAUAGCCUAUUUUGAA